AUGGGCUGGUGGUGGUCUCGGGGUAGAAGGAGAGUGACGAUCCGCGCGGCUGCUGGAGGGAGAGGGAGAUGGCGGUCGCUGGUGUUAUGGGAGAUUUGCUUCAGUCAGUGCUUUGAUUCCACGUUGUCUGCGUACUCCAGCGGCAAAAACAAAGAAGAGAGUAAAGCCAGGCUGCCAGCCCAAAAGUCCGUUCCGACAUACCAAAUGUCUUCCGAUCCCGAUAAGCUCGUCGCUAAGGCCGAUAAGCUAACAAAGCUGACCCUUACAAGGUGGAGUGCUGAUUGGAGAAACGCCACUCUUAACUACGAGCAAGCCGCCAAUGCGUAUAGAGUGGCCAAGAAGUAUGAAAAGAGCAAAGAUGCAUUCGAGAAGGCUUCCAAGGGGCAAGAGAUGCUUUCCUCUCCCUGGGACGCUGCUAAGCACAUGGAAUCUGCUGCUGCUCUAGCUAAGGAGCUAGGUAACUGGAACGAGGUAGCUGACUUGUACAGAAGGGCGUCGGAGUUGUAUGUUGAAUGUGGGAGGGCGCAGCCUGCAUCUGAUGCACUGGGGAAGGCAGCUCGUGUCGUGGAAGAUCAUCUGCCUGAUGUUGCUGUUCAGCUGUAUACUGAUGCUAUUUCACUUCUGGAAGAGGAUGACAAGGACCAAAUGGCCUUUGAUCUUUACCGUGCUCUAACUGCCGUCCACAUAAAGCUUGAGAAGUACACAGAUGCUGCAGCUGCCUUGUUGAGAUUGGGUCUUGCAGCUGACAAAUCCAAUGCUACUAACAGCCAGUUCAAGGCAUACCUUGGUGCUAUUAUUGUGUACCUUUAUGCUCAUGAUGUCAAGGCAGCAGAGAAAUGCUAUAAUGACUGCUCACAGAUUCCUGCGUUUUUGGGAAGCGACCAAGGUCGAUGUGGUAGCAGGCUUAUCUCAGCUUAUUCGGAAGGCGCUGUUGAAGAAAUUAAACGUCUGGCUCAGUCUAGCACCAUUUCCCAUCUUGACCAUGCUAUCAUCAAGCUGGGAAGAAAGCUACCUACUGGUGAAGUUACCGCAGUAAAAGCUGGGACUGAAGAGGGAGAAGGCUUGGACGAGAAUGAUCUCACAUAAUUGAUUCUUCUCAUUCUCGGGACAAAAAUCCCUUCUUCAGGGGUGGGUUCCCAUUUGCAAUACGCUGUGUGUAAAUUAUAUACUUGCUGGAUAUAUAUCUUUGGAUCAACGUACUCUGUUUACAGUGUGUAAAACUUGUCCAAUGGAGAGAGAUAAAGCUUUGGUGUGAGUUUCUGUCCCGUUGCAAGCCAUGCCUGAAGCCUGAACCUUCCUCUCGGGGACAAACUUGCUAAACUUGUUCGUUAAUGACAAUCUAGUCAAAUCAACCUAUGAUGAAACCACAUUACAAACACUCGAUAUCUAUUAUCGACUUUAAUUGGAUUGUUGAUCAUUUC